AUGCGGUGGCGCGGUGUAUUGCUGCUUCUUCCACUGUUAGUGUUGCUCCAGUUUCUGUUGCGGCUGUUUUUGAUCCACCUGAGCUCGCCCAAGGAGUACAGCUUGAAAAACCGUUUCCUAGAUACGGGGUACGGCUUGUUUCGGUACGAAGUUGACGAUGACCUGUGCACUACGCCUGAGAGCGGGGAGCUUGUUCGGCCUCCGUCAUUGGUGCUGCAGCAAGCAGACGCGCUCCUGCAGAACCACCCGCAGCUAGCCAAUGUGAUCGGCGGGGGGGGAGGCAAAAGGGUCGUUGGCGCGCCUCCGCACUCAGUCCAUUGGGUGUUUCGCUUUGCUCGAAGCACCGCUCGGGAGCGGCUGGAGCUGCGACAGCACCUCCUCCGGCUAGAGGACACGCCGUUUUACCUCGAAAGUAGCGACUCUGGCAGUGGGUUCGCGGCUACGCCAGCGCUCGACUUAUCCCCCGAACUUUCCACCGCAGCGUUCCUCUAUGCAACAUGUAAGCAGCGGCACAAGGCUGCGUUCGCCUCCUCGAAAGAAACGCCCCCGCAGGCGUACCGUCUCGAAACGCAGAUGUUUCUGCCGAGUAGAUUUCUCGGAGACGUGCAGCGACUCUGCGGGAACUUCCGCAGAGAAGCCGAAGAGGAGUCGGCCGCUUCGCACGGCGACGCAGCUUGCACGCCUUCCUUAGAGACUGCGCUGCAGCUCGUGCCUCUGCGACUGCACCGAUGGUGGGGCAAAGUGCGCUGGCAGUACCACAUGAGCGAAUUCGCAAGAAAGCCGCUGACUGUGUGGUGGCCGCUCAAUCCGUAUAUGCACAUGUUGUAUCGCCAAGACAUGUACGCUAUGUUAGCGCUCAUGAGCCCCUACCUUGAGCUGGAGCCGCUCGUUGCCAUCGACUCUUCCUGCCGUCCUCCAGACUCCUAUUGGGUAGUGCCGCUGCCUCGCGAGCAGUGGAAACUGCGAUUCGGGGAGAGCGUUCCCCACCGACGGGAGUCGGCAGAAGGCGCAACGCCGUCUGUUUGCGAGGGCGCUGCUCCUGAGGGGCCCUUCGACCUUGACGGGGGGAAACAAUCUCCGAGAGGCGCUCGCAGCAGCUCCCGCCAACCGCUUGCGCCUUCCAGUCCCCUGUCGAAUCCCACCGACCAUAACAACUAUGUGCCUGCAGAGGAGUACUGCAGGCGAGCGCGCGAAGUGCACUACGGAUUCUUCACGGGAGAGCCGAGAUCCAAGCCCAUCAAAAUCGUGGAUGCCGUGAUCCUAGGCUAUGACCUAGACCUCUUGGAAAUUCGCUGGCACGAGCUGUAUCAUUCUGUUGAUUAUUUCGUCGUUGCGGAGGCCCACCAUCACACGUUGGGGGUGUUUCAGAAGCCUCUGUUUUUCGACAGAAACAAGGAUCGCUAUGCAGCGUUUUCCGACAAGAUCAUUCAUCUGGUGCAGCCCUUCGAGGCGUCUCUCCCCGUGGCACAGCGCUGCAGUCGGCGGCUUCUGGGAGAUGAGGACAAGUGCUGGGAAUACGAGAUGUUUCAACGUGACUCGAUGCUGCACAUGCUUGCGCAAAUCAAUGCCGGCGUGAACAACUACGGCAAUGCGCAUAUCGCACCAGGAUUUCUUGAAGACACCGACCUCGUGCUUGUCAGCGACGUCGAUGAGAUAGUCAUGGGCGAUCGGCUGCGUCACUUGAAAUACUGCGAAACCUUCCCGCAACGGCAGUUUGGCUGGGUCGUCGUGCACUAUCCUGGCCGGGUGGAUGCGAUGGCUCUCAAAGACUUUCAAGUCAUGUCGAGGAUCAGCGAAACGCCUUUUCCUAACGCCAUCGGUCCUCUCGUUGACGCAGUCCCAUACAAGUCGCUUCGGCCCCUCGAGAAAAAGACCGACUUUGUGUAUACUGAGCACGCAUACGUGCGGCAUUGCCAAUCGGAUCUGAAUCCCCAGUUGUACUUGUAUGGAGGAUGGCAUCUUUCAGACACGUCCUAUCUUCCGUUUCUGUACGCCAAGGUCCCCUCGGACGACCUCAAGCCCGGUUACGAGCCGUGGAGUCUGUACACCCCGCUGCUUGCCCAGCGAGGGAUUCUUCCUUCUCCCGUUGGUGGCCUUUUACAGGCACAAGUGGCGGCGUGGAAGGAUUUCAGAGACUACAGACAAGUGGGGUCGCUCUGUGUCAACGCGAAAGACGUUCCGGAUCAGUACAGACGCAUUGGCUUUGGCAUGUUGCCAUGGCUUAUGCGCUGCAACCCAACGAGAUAUCCCACGUGGUUUCAGCAGGCGGAUCCUCGGUACUUUAUGCAGCCGCGGGUGGCGGGGUGCAGUGGGUGGAACUGUAGGCUCGAGCCGACGAGUCCUCUAAUUCCGUGUCAAGUCUGUGCGCGUGUCAACAGAGCCGCACGAAGCGGCCAUGAGAGGGCAGGCAUCGAGUGA